AGCGCCACGGAGCAUUACGUUCCGUCGGGUCCCGUGAUGUCAUCCAUCCCUCCUCCACAACUUGCUCCACUCGGUAUGUCGGUCGGGUCCCGAUCGAUCGGACGUCCGAUUGGGAAUUGAGCCCCAGGAAGGGUUUGCAUAGGCUUCAACGGGAUGGAAGCAACACCAUGCCUGCGUUGUGUGAUACAGGAAUGGCUUUACCUCGCUCGGAGCAUAACUUCCCGUGGCGCGCAUCAACAGAGGUCGCGACGCUUGGUACGACGCAGGAUGGGAGCAGAAGUAGAUAACCCAUGUAGCUCCAAUUUUACGACCGUGGCAUUUCCAAGGCAGCAUUUGGCAUCAUGAAAAGCAUCGCCAUGGCCACAAAACAACUCGCCACCGCUCCAGAUGAGCGACACACCCCCAAGCAGAAGUAUCCUUUCGAAUUUGCCAAAACGCGUCUACAGCUCGGAGAGAAUGCCGGUAGUCCAAGGAAUCCGUUUCACCUCAUUCGCCAGGUGACUGCAGCUGAGGGGAUCGGAGGCAUAUACACGGGUUGCUCGAGUUUGAUGGUAGGGACUAUGCUCAAGGCGGGGGUGCGGUUUCUGUGCUUUGACUCGAUCAAGAACCAGCUGGUGGACGAUGCAGGUCGAUUAUCAACUGCCAAUGGUAUCCUGGCGGGUAUGGUUGCGGGUGGUUUUGAGAGUCUGCUUGCUGUAACACCUACGGAGAGGAUCAAGACUGCUCUGAUUGACGAUGCCAAAGGUCCCCGCAGAGCCCGUGGUGCCAUCCAGGGCACGUAUAUUCUGGUAUCCCAACAAGGUGUCCGCAGUCUCUAUCGCGGCUUGGUUCCUACGACGGUGAAGCAGUCGGCCACCUCGGCAGUGCGCAUGGGGUCCUACAAUAUGCUGAAGGAGGCGUUUAAAGAGCAUUCGAUUCCAGUCAACGGAGUCACCACCUUCCUGAUGGGCUCGCUGGCAGGCACUAUCACUGUGUACGCGACGCAACCGUUCGACACAGUCAAGACGCGGGUUCAGGGCAUGAGUCAGAAGGGCAUGUCGCAAGCGGUCACAGAGCUGCUGCGCGAGGAGGGCAUCCGAGGGUUCUGGCGAGGCAGUACCAUGCGUCUCGGUCGGUUGGUCUUGAGCGGUGGCAUUGUGUUUUCCGCCUACGAACAGUUUGCCUCGAUACUGUCCAGUAUGAAUUAGACAGGCACUGCUACAGACGUAAUCAAGAUUAUACCCUAUUCGUUACAUGCCUAUGUCAUAUCUCAAUGCUUGGGCGCAAGUUCCUCGACCUGCUUGCGGAUCGAGUCCUCCACGAGCUCGGACAGCGUCGUCGUCUGCGUCACGCCGAUAUCCUCGUUGUCCCGACGAUCGUACAGGGUGCCUCCCUCGGUCCAGAUCCGCCGCAAUGUGUAGACUGUCGCCUCGGGAGCACCAUUGUCCCAGGCUUCCUUCUCAAGCGCCCGCAACUCGUCCAGCGGGGUGUAUUCGACAGACCAUGUACUUUUCGUGUGUGUCUCAAACACAGCUAAUAUCUCAGCCGGGGUGGUGGUAAACGAGUUGACUUUGAGGGCGCGGUUGCGGGCCGCAUCCCAGUGGGUGAGGGUGUGCGCAACGAAUUUCCCGACACUGUUCCGUCAGUAUCGUCCACGGCUCUAAUCAAGA